UUAUUGUUAGAGAUGGCACCUUUUUUAUGUUAUGCAAUAAAGAUGUUGUGUCUGUUUAGUUUGCUUCCUUCUUGGAGUUUCUUGAUUUAGUGCUGGAAAGUUCUGAUCUAGUGAGAAAAAACAACAAAAUGGAAAAGUAAAUAAAAAUACAAAAGAAUAGAUGGAAAGAUUAUGAACAUGUGGAGUUUCAGAGAGAUGAUACUAUGUACUCAUUUCCUUAAAAUAUGAUUUUACAAUUAGAUUUUAAGAACUUGUAAUGUUUGUGUGGGGGAGAGGUAUGUAGAGAGUUUGGCUUGAGAAGUUGAGGCAUGAGUUUGGAGAAUAAAGCAGAAAUACAAAGCUCCAUUGGAGAGUGCCGAGCAGGGUGGGAAGAGAGAACCUUCACUGUGUUAGUUAUCAGAUAGCCGAACUUGUUAGCUACACCUACAAUUGUAUUUCUUUUUGAAAACAAAUUUGAAAGAUCCUUUAGUUUUUCAUUUAGGUCUUCCUUUGGAGAAUUUUACAGGCAAGCUUAUCCUAUAAAUUGUCUUUUUUUUUUUUAAAUAACCGUGGUGUCUGGGCCAGCUUUUGCGCGCCUCGACUAAUUCCACGGGGUAUGUGCUACCUCCUACCAGAACAGGUACUCUGUCCCCCAAGCUUGAAUAGAUGGGAAAAAUCACCUAGUGUUUUUGCUGUGAACUCGAGACCUCAUUUUCUUCUUUUUUUCCUUUUCCGGAUAGGGAAACAGAAAAAGUUUGAAAAUUUUAACACUGCCUGUGCUUCCUGGCUAAAUUUUCGUGAGUAAGGACUUUGUUUUUUGCCAGUAACCAAACAAAACAAGCCACUUUGUAAGGAAUCUUGACUUUCCAUAUCAGUUUCCAUGGCCAGCCCUCUACCAAAAAAUUUGAUCUGUUUUGUUCUUUGUAGGCUGACUUGACUGAAAAUAAGCCCUUGCUAUCCUUUUGCCACACCAUAUAAAACUGAAAUUCCAUCCUUGCUCUGACCACAUUUCUUCCAAGGUUGGUUGUUGCUGCUGACGAAGAUCAUAAGACUGUUUCAAAGGGGUGUGUCCUAACCAACAGUCUUCCGAAAAGGAAGUUUUCUUUCCAUUUCCAGCUUUGUAAUUUGAUCUACUAUGGAUGAUUGGCCAAAGAUUUCUGAUGGUUCUCCAGACACUGAUACCAAAGGGGGUUGAUCACAAUUUGAUGUCCUUCUCUGGGUCAUAUGAUAAAAAUAAUGUACCUCUAAAGUUGUUUUAGCGAUGAGUUUUUCAUAGAUUAGCAAUGAGUUUAUCCUUCUCUGGGUCGUAUCAUAAAAAACAUGUACCUCUAAAGAUUCUAGGUGGAAGUUUUGUAAAGGUUCAGAAGGAUGAAGGUGAGUAAAGGGACCUAAUACUGUAUGGCUGAAGAAAACAUUCCGUUGAUAAGCUAAGAUGCAGUAAGAACCUUCUGAAAUUUUAGAACAUGUGAUGAAAUAGUAGAGUGCAGCUGUCGCAAUCAAGUGAUCGUUCUUGUGCUCUGCUACCUAUUUUGUUGUGGAGUAUGGGGGAAAGAUAUGGAAUUAAGCAUUUUCCUAAAAAUAGCUUAUUUUAGCUUGUCAUUAGUAAAUACAAAGUACUGAAAACUCAAACUGACAGUAACCCGACCAGAGCCCGUUCAUCAGGAUGAAAGUUCAAAUGGAUAUGCAUGAUUGUUGACUCAUCUCGGAGAGGAUGUGUGUUUUCCUUCAAGCAGACACGGUUUGAAAGAAGAGUAGGGAUCAUUCACUGAAGUUUUGAAAGAUGUGGAUGGUCAUGAAUAUCGGACCAGUGGAGGAUGAGUAUCAGUGCAGUGCAUGUAGUGGAAGAUGAACUAGCAGAGAGAUACUAACGACCUGUCACUCACCCCUCCAUGUCAUACCUUGGUUCUGCACAAUAACAUGUUUAUUGCUAAGUCAAUAGAACAUAGAAGCCUUUUGUGAGUUUUACUGAUUUUAGAGUUUAGGCAAAACUCUAGUAGGUACGAGAGAGAGUUGGUGAGGCAGGAGACAAGAGUUGACCUGAUUGUGCCACAUAGGUGAUAGGCGACUCCUUAGGAACUUAUUAUAAUCAACACUAGAAAUAAUGACGGUCUGAUCCCUGAAAGGAUUUUGAUUUUCUGUUCGGAUUGCUGUUGGAGCACCAGAUGGCUGCAGUUAAAUGGAUUGCCUUGAGGAUUGCCUGCAGAGAUUAUCCCCAUCCACGACAUCAUUGUGCUAAAUUUCCCUUUGGUUCUACUCCCCAUGAUAGGCACUGUGAUCAGUGCCAUUGUUAUGUUUGUGACAAACUUGCUCCAUGUGAAUACUGGCUCAUUGGCAUUUCCAGCGGUGCCCAUUGUCAUGCUACUGACAAGGAUAAGUUUUGGAAAGCACAGAGACAAAGCACAAGGAAAAGUGAUAAAGCGCUUCCACCGGUCACUCCAGGCCGUGAUACUUCAGUAUCUGUUCCCCCACAUGUAGCUAACCAAGCUCCAGGUUUUAUUCCGGGAUUACCCAAUUAUUAUCCCCCACAGAACCAAACGUUUAGACAAGCCCCAAUUCGUCCUUGUUCCGUGUCAAGCAGUCCUGGGUUACCGAAUUUAAAUAGACAGCGGUUAACUGCUCAUAGAGACAGAUUUCAUAGCCAUGUUGUCUCUCAACAGUUGCGCAAUGCAAGCAUUAAUGUUAGUCCAAGGGACAAUAGGCACAACGUUGGUCACAUGGGUCCCCAGUUUCUUACUUCCCGGCCAGCUUUCAAAAGGGCAGGGUCACCUGGACAGGCUUUUGCAACUAAUAGAUCAGGAUACAAUUCAUCAAACAUUAGUUCUGUGCCUCAAUUUGGUAGAACUCAUUCUUUGACGGCUAGGUGGCAAGUGCCAUGUGGCUCACGGCCUGUAGGCUCGAAUGCAUAUAUUGCUUCCUCCCAGCACAAUGCUGCCACACUUGGUACUAGUGCUGUUUCUUACCAACCUCAACUACAGAGGCAGCCUGGUGUCGUGGAUGUGUCUGCAAAUUAUGCACCAAUGGGACCUCAGAUAACCUCUCACCCCAAUGCUGCUGGGAUACUGGGUGUUAAUGCUGUUUCUUCCCAACAUCAACUACCUGGGCAGCCUGCUCUUGGGGGUGCAUCUGCAAAUUAUGCACCAAUGGAGCCUCAGAUCCCUUCCCAGCCCAGUGCUGGCGUAGUUGGUGCUAAUGCUGUUUCUGGCCAACCUCAAUUACCUAGGCACCCUAGGUCUGCAAAUUAUACACCAGUGGAACCUCAGAUACCCUCUCAGCCACAAGUUAGUGUAUGUGCAAAUUCAGCAUCUUUGGAAGCUCCUAUGUUCUUUCAGCCAUAUGCUAAUUCAUCACCUUCUCAACCUCAGUUGUCAAACCUUCCUAGUGUUCUAAGUGAAUUUGAAAGCUUUAUUUCCUCUGAAAAUUCAGUAUCCUCCCAGUCACAGGUGGGUAAUAUGUACAACAACCCACUGUCAUCUGAAGCCCAAAUGUUCUCUCAACAGUAUGCAGACGGAAACUCUGCUAACAGUUUGCCUCAGCAAACUUCAGCAGCCUUCCAUCCUGGAGGGGGGAACACUUCUGUAAAUACCACUGCUUCCCAGUAUCUACUGUCCUGCCCGGCGAAUGCAGGCACCGCUCUUGGAAAGUCAACUACCCCUGUCUCCCAGUUGUCCAAUCAGCCAGAUGGAGGAACCUCAUCAAAAUGUUCAGUUCCCUGCAAUGACAAUUUGCCUUCCUCUGCAACGACGGAAAGCACUUUUGGAAGCAGGUGUGAGAAUACUUUCUCUUGCCAACCUGAACUGUGUAGACAGCAUAUUUCAGCACCAUCAUCUGAUAGCCAAAAUAUUUCCCAGCAUGGAUAUCAAGGUGAAAAUACUUUAGUUCCAAGUUUCGAAGAUUUUGUCUUUGGUUGGGAGACACCUGUUAGCCAAACUAACAGUUUGGAUGAUGUAUAUAAUCCUAAACUUGCAGAGUCACCGGAGGUAAGUAGACAUCCUCAGUUAAUUGAAAGCACCACCGGUUCGGACAUGCAAUAUGAUGAUUGGUUAGUUUCUGCACCUUCAGACGUGCCAGUUUCAACAGGAUUUAACAUAUUUUCCCCUGAAGCUCCUUCCAUAGAUUCUGGAUUUUUUGUUGAUUACUAAAUGUUGGUGGCAUCCUUGACUAAAAUGGCCUUUUGGUUUCUUCAAAGUUCUUUUUGAAAACAAAAUUACAUAUGCUUCUCCCCUUUUAAGGGUAGCAGGGUACAUAUGGUUUAAAGAGUUAGGGUUAGCAGGUUAAGUUUUCUUCUGGUGUAAACUGCUUUUUUGUCUGAAACACAAACGAAUUCCAGUCCCCUGUAAAUGGUACUAAUUUCUUAUGUAAAGCUAUCGUAGCAGCUGUUUUCACCCGAAAAAGGGACUCCAAUGAAGAUAUGAUAAUAUUUUUUUUUUUUUUUU